AUGGCUCCAUCGAGCCAGAAGGGUCCGGGGAAGAAGGCGGGCGCGGGGGCAAUCCGCUCCCAGUCACAACAGCAGCAGCAGCGAAGUCGCAACACCACCCCCAGUGCCGCACCGCCCUCGGCCAGUCUGCCACCCAUCGACAAUGUCGAAACAGACCUGCUGGAACUCCGCUUCGAAGUCUUCCGGAACCUGACCUUUGAGGACAUGGUUGAUCCCUCGACCUCCAACACCACCAUACCCGAUUCCAAGAGCCUUGAUGGCCUCGUCUCCCGACUGCAGAAGCUGAGCGACGUCAUUGACAAGCGCGGCCUGAAUUGCGACAAGGGCAUGAGACUACUCGCCCAGAGCCGCCGCACCAGGCUCGAUGAGCUGGCUGUCGAGCGGGGGAGGGAAGAGGAGCGGAGACAGAAGGAAGCCGAUGAGGAGGAGCGCGAACGCAAGGCAGCCAACAAAAAGAAGCGGAAAGCGACCGACAGUCUGGCGCCCGGAGGGAGCAACAUAGAGCGGUCAUCCCCUUUGCGCGAGUCGACAAAACCCCGAAAACUAUCUCGCGAUAACGAUUCCGCCAGCUCGUCGCUGUCGCCAGUCGCGCCAAGCAACAUGGACGCCGAUGACAAGACCAAGACAGAGGAGAACGAGGACGAGUCGGACUCUGACGAUGGUCGCCCACCACCUCCCGCUCGGCCACAGGCCAAUACGUUUGGCGAUGAUCCUUCAACCUUCCCCGACCCAACCGUGUACGAGAUUCUUCCCGUCCAACCUGGCAUGACCGAGGGCGAAAUAAAGGAAAUAUACUCGGUAGCCGGCUACCCUAAAAGCGACCUUGCUGAUCUCAUCGCUGGUGACCCUCCAGACAAGGAUUUCAGCAAUGCAAAGCCUAGCAAUCAGAUCAACUUUAGCACUUUUAGCACCUUUAUCGACCCCUACUUCCGGCCGUUCACCGAGGAGGAUCUCGCGUUUUUGAGAGAAAGAGGGGAUCGCGUGACUCCGUUUGUCAUGCCGAAACGUGGCAAGAAGCACUACACAGAGAUCUGGGCCGAAGAGGAUGGAGCGAUGGCCAUCGACUCCGUCCCCCCAGGCGGCCGGGAGAAACUUCCUCCUAACCAACCCCGCGGGAGUAUCGAGAACAUGGACGACGACGUUGCCGAAACAGACAAGCUCUCCGUCGGCCCACUCCUCUCCCGUCUUCUUUCAGCGAUGCGCCCCGAGCACCGCGCUCCGCCAGCAGAGAUUGCCAACGGCGUCAACGGCGACGGAGACACCAUCAUGAACGGCACCGCCAGCUUCGACUUUAGUUUUGACACCAACCCCCCUACCAGCAGCCAACAACCCAACGGCACCAACGGUGUAAACGGCCAUGUCAACGGCGUUAACGGCACCACCCCCGAAUCAUCCAACAACAACAACAACAACAACCAACUCCCUCCGGCUACUUACAUGCCCGAAUCAAAUUCGGAAGCCUGGAAAAAGGCCAGCCACCCAAAACUAGACUACACCCAAGUCGACGAGCGCAUCAAGCAGGAACUCCGUCACAUCGGGUUCCUCCCCUUACCACCCAACCAAUCCGACUCGUCCAACGCGGCAGGCAACGGCUCCCAACCAGGACAGCCGGACCCGACAACAGCCGAGUACGACGGCCACUACGACGACGAAGUCGCCGCCCGCCUCCGCCUCCUCCAAUCCCGCCUUCGCGAGCAAGUCCUCGUCAACGGCGCCCGAAAAGCCAGACUGACAGAGCUGGUCAAGGAGCGGAUGGCCUUUCAGGAGUAUACCACCAUUUUGGAGGAUUUGGAUUCCCAAGUCCAGGCGGCAUACCUCAAGAGGACGAGGACGAUGAAGAAGCCCAAAAAGGCGAGGCCGGGGCAGUCCGGAUCGGCGGCUAGUGCGGCUGCUGCUGCGAGCGCGGCUGCUACGGCGACUGCCCGCCCGGGGAUAGGGGAUCUGACAAAGACGCUGAUGGAGAGGAGGAGGAGGUGGAUUGAGAAUAUUGGGACUGUGUUUGAGGAUGAGGCGCUGACAAAGGUGCCGAGGGUGAGCGAGGAGGGGAGCACGAUUUUCAAGGCGGGGGAGAUGGGGGAGUUGUUGAGAAGGGAGAAGGAGGCUUGGGAUGAGGAGGUGGAGGAGGAGUAG